ACUAGUGAAGUGCCAAGUGCCAACUGCCAAGUGACAGUACCUUUACUGUGGUGAGUGAGAAAUGAAAGUCAACAAGUAGGUAAACUGAUCAAAAAUAAUGAGUCUACACAAAGCCAGGAUAAAAGUGUUUGAAGAAGUUUUGGCGCAGGAUGUUAUUGAUAUUGGCCACCUACAAAAACUGGCAUUUAAUGGGAUCCCAGAUGACAAAGGAUUACGUUCACUUGUAUGGAAAAUUCUGUUGCAUUAUAUACCUCACGAAAAAAAUGCAAGGGAAACUACGUUGCUUACAAAACGGCAGUUGUAUAAGCAGUUUAUUGAUGAGAUCAUAGUUUCUCCUGGAGGCCCCAGUGACCAUCCACUGAAUAUAAGCCCUGAUAGCUCAUGGAGUACAUAUUUCAAGGAUAAUGAAGUUCUGCUACAGAUUGACAAGGAUGUCCGACGACUGUGCCCGGACAUAUCAUUCUUUCAAUCGGCUACUGAGUUUCCAUGUCCAGAGAUAGUAAACAGCAAUGGUGUAAAGCGACUACACAAGAGAGUGGAGCAGUCAGUUCUCAAGUAUUCGACCUUGGAGCGAAGAGGACUUGGUGUUGCUAAGUUAAGCAAUGAAAUACACCGCUCAGACAGUCUAUCCUGCGGGGACUAUGCGCCUUUAAGUGAGGGCUGCGAGGCUCACUGGGAGGUGGUGGAGAGGAUGCUCUUCCUCUACGCGAAGCUCAAUCCUGGACAGGGGUAUGUGCAGGGCAUGAACGAAAUCAUCGGCCCCAUCUACCACACCUUCGCCAUCGACGCUGACAAGGAAUAUCGACAGCACGCUGAAGCAGACUGUUUUUUCUGCUUCACGAACCUGAUGGCCGAGAUCCGAGAUUUCUUCAUACGCACGCUCGACGAGACAGAGAGCGGUAUCAACUACAUGAUGAGCAAGCUGUGUGACUGCGUGAAACGGAACGACCCCGCCGUCUGGACUCAGCUCGCCCGGCAGGAACUCCGCCCGCAAUACUACAGCUUCAGAUGGCUAACCCUGCUGCUGUCUCAAGAGUUUUCCCUGCCCGACGUAGAGAGGAUCUGGGACUCGCUGUUCGCCGACCCCCAGCGAUUCGAGUUCCUCAUCUACAUUUGCUGUGCCAUGAUUUUGUUAGUAAGAGAGAAUUUGCUCAGCGGCGACUUCGCAUCAAACGUAAAACUAUUGCAAAGCUUUCCCCCUAUGGACGUGUCGCUCAUACUCAACAAGGCUGUCGAAAUAUCUAAUUCUCACUGUUCUCAACAUACCACAUUUUUACAAAAACAUUUUUAAGGGUAAUUAUUUACGCAUUUGCAUACAUAUUUUCUUUUGGGUGUGUUAUAUAUUAUAAUAUUAAGUAGAAGAUAAGAUUUUUGAUCGAAUAUAAUCGAAUUUUAUUCUUUAGGACAUUCCAGCGUAGAGCUAAGAAUAAGGCCUAUUUCUUAGAAAAUUGCUCUCAAUCACUUAAUUAUUUUUUUAUAUGAAUUUCGUCUGCCCCAGAGUAUAAGUAAUGUUGCAGUUACCAUGAAUUUAAAUUUUAAAUGAUGUACAAUGUAUCCACGACUGAAAAUUUAUUUAAGAUCAUAUAUUUUAGUAAUAAGCAGAUUCAAUUAUUUUGACAAUAAUUUGUGGCAUAUCUUUUUAGAAUGUCUCUAACUUUGGACAGUACUGUUGUAUGUCUGCUAUAUCAACUGCCUUCAUAGACUUAAGGUUUUAUAAAAGCUUCAAGUCGAUAUUAACUUUAUAAGAAUUAAACAUUAAAUAGUACAAGGGUUCAUUUUAUCGAUGUGGGUUCAUUAACGGAUACAUAAAUCCUUUCUUAUGUAUAUUUAUUGUCUUUGUGUGCGAUUUUAUUACAUUAGCUAAAACAAUAAUAGCAUGAACUUGAGAACAAUGAAUUACGAAUUCUUUGACCGUUUUCCUGUUUCGCUAUCGUGCAAUAAGUUAUAUAGAUUUUUUUUUAUAUACUUUACAUAAUGUGUAUCUGUGUUAUAAAUAACUUUGUAAUUUUACUUAAUUGAGAUAAUAAAUAUUUUUAUUGCAAUA